AUGUCUGUUUCAAUUGGGCAAUCGGCACUAUCGCGCGCAGAAGCAAAGGAACACAUCGAACAGAUUAGACGCGAAUAUUCUCUUGAGGGGCACGAUAAACUCGCUCAGGCACUUACGAAUGCGCUUCACAUUCUUUCGACCGAGCUUUACGACCAAUCAACCCACUUCAUUCAAGAACUAUUACAAAAUGCCGAUGACAACCAUUUUGAGACUUCAACCCCAACCCUAAUAUUCUCAUACUCUCCCGGACGCCUUCGUGUGGACUGCAACGAGAAAGGGUUCCUACCUCGUCACAUUGAUGCUCUUUGCACUAUACGAGGUAGCACCAAGACAGACAAAGAUCAAGCGCCUUACACCGGCGAAAAGGGCAUCGGUUUCAAAAGUGUUUUUCGCAUGGCCGAUGUGGUUUGGAUCUCGUCGAAUAGUUACCAGUUUAAAUUUGACAAGCAUAAGCAGUUUGGCACAGUUGCACCAGAAUGGGUGGAAGACUUCCCAGUGCAUUCAAGCUCGGAAUAUACAACAUUCUAUCUGGAACUAUGCCCACAAGACGACAUGGAGGAAUUGGUUGAAAAGCUUGUCGACUUUGACGCCGAUCAGCUACUGUUUCUUCGGAGGUUAAGACAAGUCAAGAUUAACAUUGAGCGAGAGCAUCAGGACUUGAGCCAUAUGAUCCGUCGGAUAGACGAAACGGAUGGUUGUGGGAACCUCAUAACAACACUGGAUCUUGGAACUUCAAAGAAGAGGUUUAUGGUCAGAAAAUUUCAAGUCACCAAUUUACCUGAAGAACCAAGACGUCGAAAUCAAACUUGUUCGGAAAUGGUUCUGGCUUUUCCGUUGAUGGAAGAGCUGCCAGACGGAGGCACCGCCAUGCCUGUGUUUGAGGCAAAGCUCUUUGCAGGUCUACCUGUUGGCGUAGAUGGAGGACUCAAGUUCUUGUUGCAGGGCGAUUUCAUACUAACCGCCAGCCGCCUUCACCUUGAUACAUCGCUUCGCUGGAACCAAGGGCUCCGUGACGGUCUAGUCAAUGCAUUCUUAGAAUCAGUACUUGCAUUCAAUGCGGGUAUUCACCGCUAUAUUUGGCCCUUCUUUCUUUCCUACGACAAGAAGGUUUCCUCUUUCUUCCAAUCUGCAACAAAAUCAAUCUGCGAAAUGUUGAGGUUAAUGGAUUGCUUGGAAUCCAUGGAGGGUACCAUGGUGAAGCCUUCAGCACUAACAUAUGUGGACCUAGAAAAAUUCGGCGACAGCUCCGAAGACUUUCUAACAUUGAGCGCCAAGACGUCGCCACUGUAUCUUUCUAACAAAUAUCCGGCAUGGACUAUACCAGGAAUCCUAAGUCUUGGCGUGCGAAGGCUUUCCGCCACCGAGUUCCUGGAACACUUUCGCACACUUCUUUCAGAAGAAGACUCAGCGUUCAGAAAAAAGUCGUCUAGCUGGCACGGAGAUCUUGCAAAAGUUCUUCUCUCCCUCAUAUCGGAUGAGAGAAUCAGGAAGGAUCUAAGAAACCUCCCUAUAAUUCCACUUACAGAAGGAAGAUGGGUCUCGGCGAGCAACAACCCCAAGCCUGUUUUUGUAUCAAAAGAUCUCGAGUUGGACGAUUUCCCAACCCACAGCGGAUUGCCGAUUGUGGACCCUGAAGCAACAGCCCAUAAAGACAGAAAGGCGUUGUAUCAAGCAUUGGGAAUCGCCACCAUUGGAAAGGACCAGGUUUGUGAGUUCAUAUGCCAGCAACAUGCAUCGCCAGACUUCAAGCCCGAAAAAUGGACAACGGAGCAGCUAAUCAAACACGCAAAAAUGCUUUUCGAGUCUCAUUGGACACCACCAGCUCAACAUGCUGAUCUAUGGUUUGUCACAGCUGAUGACAGGCGUUGCAGGGGGUCUUCUCUUUGUUUUCGUGAGGAAGCAGGGAGUCCAGCGUAUCAAAGAAUCUUCAAACACCUCGAACAAGAGUCCCCCACAUUACAUCCAGACUAUUUCAAGGAUAGCUCAGUCACCGAGUCGCCCUUAGAUGGCAUAGACCUCUUUUCUUGUCCGCAGCAACGACGAUCAAUCUGGUCUAAAUUCCGGAAAACAGGUCGAUUUCGAAUGAGGUGGGGGUUCGAUUUGCCAGACAUACCUGGCAAAGUCGAGGACCGGUCCUGGAAAGAGUUUCUGGUCAAAUCCCUCCAAUUAUCGGCCAUUCCACGCCUGGCAGUAAGAACUGCGAAAGGGACCGUCGUAUCUAAAGAGUUCAAAUCCAUACUCCGAAACUGUCCUGUCACAGAUUGGUUACAGCUGCUUGAGGACGAGUGGCACACCUAUUCCAAAUGGCUCGGACCUGGGGGAGAAAACGCUGUGAGCUAUUCGAAUUAUGAUACAGCAGGUGACCUAUUGUCCACCAAAGUGAAGAAUUUGGAGGUUCUCACGUCGCGUGGUAGACAGAGGUUGUGCACCACGUUUGUCCCUGGUCUGGAUGACCUGGUUGCUGACGUUCCCAUCCCCAUCCUCGAUAUCAAAGGCGACAUUGGCAAGGUCACUAGAGAAAGGCUGAGGCUACUUGGCGUGACUGUGGAGAAGGAUAUCAGAUAUUAUCUUUCUUGCUUGAGGGCUCUGGUAGACCAGGUUUCUCCAGACGUCGAGACCCUCACCUACAUCUACGAACGAAUCCAAGCACAUUACAACGACGAGGACAUCUUAAUUGAGUAUGAAACAAUGCAUGCAUUUCAGAAAGACAGAUUGAUAUACGUCGAUGGAUGGGCUGUAAAAAACAGUGACAAAUGCCGAAAAGGGUGGUUCAACGCUGAGCAGUGUUCAGAUAAGAAAAUAAGAAUGGGAGAGCUGUAUCCCCGUUGCGAAGCUCUCUUCCGGUCCCUCAUGAUUACUGCAGGGUUGAACAUCAACGGCUUGGUAGAGAAGGCGACUAAAAUGGAACCCUCGACUCCUCGAACAGACAUGAUGGAAACAUUCGCGAAUAUCAACGACAUUCUCAAAGCUAUGAGCGCGAAGAAAGCUGCCAAUGUUGUCAAGCCUUUGUUAGACUCAGCAGUCUUUCCUGUGCUUACCCAGGCCUUAGGCGGUAAACGGAAGCUCAUGAAGCCAAGCAACACAACAUGGUUCAUUGCGGACCGGAAACAUUUGAGAGACAGUUUUCUCGGCAAGCUUCCUCUCUUGGACUUUAGCAUCGAGGAAGUUGAUGAUAUGUUGGACUUGAUCAAAGCACUGAACUUGCACAAGCGGAAACUGUCCCCUCUUGUCGACUGUCGGUGUCAUCCGAAGGGUCAAUUGGAAUAUUCGAUUCCAGCAAGCUGGUAUUUCCGUACACGUGCACCAUUCAUCAAAGCACUCACAGCGUCAUCGAAAAGCGAACAAAAGUCUUGGUCCAAGCUUCUUGAGAGAGCCCGCGUCAGCUUUGCAGCUGGAGUGGAACGCCGUUAUGUCCUGGAAACAGACUCAAAAUUGGUCCAAGGACAUCCAGAGGAAACCAUGGCUUCGUGCUUUGUUUCGAGCGGCUCAAUAAAAAUAUUCCUCGCAAGGGACUUCAGCCUCGAUUCUCAAAGCGCUGUAGCUGCGGUGGUGGAAAUGGUCUCACAGCAUUUCGAUUUCAAAGACCCGUUGAUCAUACACUUACUCUACACUCUAUUCAGUGAGAAGGAUCAUGACAUGGCUCUUCGAGCUUUUGGUCGACAGGGUUUCCAGGUAGAUGCCUCGGAACUAGGAUCCUGCCAAUUUUACCCCAGGGAACUGGGCGCUGUGCCAUCUCCAUUCGAAUCGUCGGGAUUCGUCGGGGAUGCAAGCUAUGUCUCGACAGAGCCCACCCGCUUGGGUGUCCGGUUCACCCAUAAGAAAGGAUUUCCGACUAGGAAAAGUCCUGAAGCAGACAGAAGGUUGCCGAUCAAGCGAUAUAUUGACUUUGAUGAUGACUCCGAGGAAGCGCGCAAACAGCUGCUUGAACCUGAUUACAAUCUUGAAUACCUGGGGCAGCGCAUUGUUUCAUCCUUCUUUGCACGCACGCUGGGGCAUACGUAUACGCCAAAUUUGCAUUGGAAAAGUCGUCUACGUUUUCGUGGAGGCCUUGACGUUUCAGAUAUACCCGAAGAAUCAUUCCCUUUCAUCAUCGCAGAUCCAGACGGUUCAAAGACAUUGACAGACAUGCUCACUAAGUCAGGGCUAAUUGAAGCCAAAGCCUGGGAGCAAAACUGGCCAGCAUACCAUUUCGAACUUGCCAUAUCAGAAGGUGGUAAGGACGACCAAUUCACAUGGACUUGGGAGCAACUAGAAAGGAUCCGCCUACAAGAAGAGGAAUAUGACAGUCAAACUGGCCAAGAAAAUGUUGUGGUCAUGAUCAGGAUCUACAAUGUCUUCAAAUUGCCUAGCUUGCAGUUUGUACUAGAUCCUUGGGAGGCAAUCUGGUCUAGAAGAUCACAGAUUCUCAAGGGCUCUAUCUUCAAGAUCAUCAUGCUUUUGGACCACGAGGAGGAUAUUGCCACAGCGGCCGCCCAGCUAAAGGACUCGUCAACAAAUACAGACCAAGUACCUACGAUUACAAUCACCGAAGAAGCCGACGACACCGACGAUCGGACAACGCAACAAAAUCCCCAAAGUUUAGGACACGUCAAUGGCUACCAGUAUAAUUAUACUCCCACUUUCCAGCAACAACCAUUUUUUGCACCCCCAUCAUACGCGUCUUAUGAUCCUAGUUGGUUAACCUCAUGGGCUCAGCCAACUGCGUAUUGGACAAUGGACGGACAACUCAUUUGGAACUAUCCUAUUCCUGCAUCUCAUGGCAUCCCUGAAAAACUUUACAAUGCUGCUUCACAGGAGACUUCCGACGAUUCGGAAUAUAAGACACCUCUAUCGAGAGAGAUAUCCACUGAAAAGUGGGAUAAACUUCCGAAAUACAAAUAUAGUCGCCUCAAAGACAAAAAAGAGAUACGCGUGUUUGUGUUGUUACCUGGGAAAGAAGACGACGUCCUCCGAGGUGUUAUCCAAACAUGCCCCUUCAAGGAUCCUAUUGCCUACAACACCGUGUCAUAUGUUUGGGGAGGAAAUCAGCAGCCGCGCUACAAACUGCUUACGCCCGAAGGAGUCUUGAAUAUACAAGCAUCAUUAUUUCUGGUCUUGAAGCGCAUAAGGAAGACAGACAAGCCUAUGGUACUUUGGGUCGAUGCUAUUUGCAUCAAUCAAAACGACAAGAAGGAGAAGUCUCAACAAGUAAAGCUACUUCCACAGAUUUUUCAACGCUCGGAGUGUACCUAUGCCUUCUUAGCCAAGGAUCCCGGACAUGAUACUGCCAUUAAAAUGCUCACGCGGGCGUUUAUAGACUUGAUUGGUAUCAACGAUAAGACCUCGGAAUCACUGUCGGAUAUUUCUGAGUGCCCCGACGACUUGGCAAAAUUUGAAGUCCCGUCUCAGAACGACCCUAUAUGGCAAGACCUAGCUGAGCUGCUCGAUCACACAUGGUUCAAGCGGGUAUGGAUUGUACAAGAAGCCGUAGCUUCGCCUAGUGUCAUCUUUGUUUGCGACAAGCUCUCCAUCGGAUGGAAUGUCAUGUCUCAGGCACUCACUUAUCUCGAUUCGGGCAGGUCACUACCUCCAGAAGUAUCAGUGGCGAUGGAACCCUUCACAACCCUCGAUAACCUGCGUGAAUGGGAUGCUAGACAGACACGCUGGUCUAUCUUGCUUCUACUUGAAGGUUUUCGCGGUUUGCAAUCUGGACUGAAGCGAGAUCGUUUCUAUGCACUAUUGGGAAUUGCAUGCGAUGGAAACUUGCCGGAUUUCGAGCCCGACUAUGAAAUCCCGUUCGAAGAUGUUGUCAUAACCUUUGCGAGAGCUCUCGUGUCCAACGGAGAAGGGAUACAACUUCUACACCGUGCCGGAAUCAGUACUCAACCAGACAGAUUUCCGUCAUGGAUUCCAGACUGGACUGUGCCGAAAUCUCCAAGUCUGGAUGACUCCUUGUCUCGGGGCAUUCAAUAUCAUACGUGUGGCAGUGACAAAAACGUCAGAAUUUCAUGUCUUGGCAAGGACGAGCUACUCGUAAUUGGAUAUCAGGUCGACAAGAUCGCGCGUAUUACAAAGUCUUCCAACACUCCUGGCUCAUGGCGACAAUACUUCGCAGAGAUCCAUUCCAUGGUGGAAAGCCUUCAAUGCUCUUCUGGACUGAAACAGAGUUACCUAUGGGAAGUACCAGUUGCAGGCUCUCGACACGGCAGAGUAGCGGAGAGCGACUAUAUCGAUUUAGUGGAUUCCUACAAGGCAUUUCAGAAGUUCAUGAAGAAAAUGAAAUGGAAGAAAGGCUACAAGAUUGCAGACAUCUUCAACUCAGCGUCCUCCGAGGAAUCCCGAGCAUCUGAAGAAGGAAACCUGGCGCAACGAAGCAGGAGUUAUGCCGAGUUACUGACAGGGACUUUGGAAGGUUGGCGGUUUGUCAAUACAGAGGAGGGCAGAUGUGGUGUUGUACCACCAGAUGCACAAGUUGGGGAUGAAGUACUGAUUGUCGGUGGAGGCAACGUGCCGUUUCUUUUCAGAAAGAGUACCAAGCGGCAAGGCUCGUAUCAACUGGUUGGUGAAUGUUAUGUCGAUGGGAUUAUGCAAGGGGAGGUGUUCGAUGAGGAUAAGGAUAUUAACCAGAAGAUAGUGAAUUUGGUUGUUCAUUAG